GUGUAUGUGUAGUGGCAAGAUUGGAGCCUCUGAGAGCUAAUCGAGGAAUCUGAUGCUACAGCUCUCCCAGCUAACCUGUGCAUCCAACCUCCCCAGCAUGCAACACUGCCAGAGAUUGGACCAGAGACUCCGCACACUCAGGGAGGAAGUCAGGACCUUGACUCGGGAGAAGAUGCAAGGGGAGGGGGUGUGGAGAGAACGACUGCUGCGCUGCCAGAAGCAACUGAAGGCCAAAGAGGAGGAGAUGAGUAGCCAAGCUCAGUACUUCCAGAACUAUAAAACCCAGCUCCAACACAAACUCAGCCUGGCCCAGGACAGAGAACAGACCUUGCAAAACCGGAUCUACACUUUAGAAAAGCAGCUACUGGAUGUGACCGUGACUGCUGCCACAAACAAGUCAAUGACAAUCAGUGCAGUCAGAAUCACUGCUGGGACGGCAACACAUUGGGAAGAUCAAGAGAAGCUACCUUCACUGAGGGGGGAGGGUGAAGGAAAAGCAGAAGGAGAGGAAAAGGAAGAGAGGAGGAAGCAAUGGCAGCCAUGUUUGGAAAGUCAUGGAGAUGGAGGGCAUGAGGGCAGCGAAGGACAGAACUCCAAUGAGGCCAAGUUACAAAGCUUCAUCCUGAGCCUCCAGGAGGAUCUCAGGGUGUUACUGGAGAGAGAAGAGAGUGCGUUAAUGGAACGUAGGGGACUGAUGGAGAAGCUCCAGGACACCCAGGAGAAUAAUCACUUCCUCAGCUGCAAGGUGGAGGAACUGAAGGCGGAGGUCCACAGGUUGAAGCUGUCUGAAAGUUCCCUGAUGGGGGAGACGGAAGAGCUGAGAGAGGAGAUCCACAGACUCCAGCAGAGCCUCAGGGAGUCUGCUAACCCAACCACCCCUCAGUCAUAUGCACUCCUAGAGUCCACAAGUAGAAGUCCUGGAACCAGUUUGCCAAAUUCCAUUCCAACUGCUUGCUUUCUGCCCUCCAGCACUCUGUCAGAUGGCAAUGCCAUGGGGCCUUGUUUAGCAGAGAUCCCCAUAAAGGUUCAACUAACUUCAGAUGAGCACGAAGGCCAGUUACAAUCAUCUGCAGUUUCACCUGCUCACCACCAGGCUACAGCAGAGAGUACACAAAACACACAGGACAACUCCUCACCUGCCAAAUCUGAAACUCUGUUUAUGUCUGAAAAGGACCAUGUGAACGUCUUGUCCCACACUGGCACCAAUGUUCAGCCCCUUUCCUUAAUAACAGAGACAACAGAAGUGGGAGGACUUGAUAUAGAAGAAAUCCACAGUGAGGAAACUGAUGCUCUGAGGGAAGCAUACAGGAGCCUGGGAUUUGGAGAUGUUGAGGCCCUUCAAGAAAAAUGUGAAUACCUAGAGGUGACAUUGCAGGAAACACAAGAGCAGGUGCAUCGUCUCGUUCAAGAAAAUGCUGUGCUGACACUACAACUCAGGAGCCAGGCUGAAAAGAAAGCAGAGCCAGAAGAGAUGAGUUCAAAAAAAGAGAUUAGCAGCAUGCCAGCACAGCUCACAACAAGCACCUGUGCUAAUGCUGACACUUUACAGUCCUGUCCUAUGCAAGGAAACACUAUGUUUGCCCUUGUCCAGGAUGAUCUCAUUCUGGCCUUAAAUCAGGAGAACCGGGCUUUGGCGGACAGAAUUGAGGAGCUGUUGGCUCACAUUGAGCUCAGAGAAGGUGAGAUGAAGAGAGAACAAACACAGCUGAGGGAUCAUGUCUCAAAGAUGGAAGAGGAUGGAGUAAAGCUAGAGCAGGAGAACCAGGAUCAGAGGUGUUUAAUUACAGAACUCACUAAGAAGACUGAGGAUGAUCUUAACACCAUCAUGGACCUGCAACAAAGGUUAAUACUGAGUGAGGGGCACGUGGUGGAUGGUCAUUUGUCGCCUGACAAGGACAUGCAUGGGCCUUCAUGGUCAAAUGAACAUGUAGCUGCAAUAUCAUGUAUGAUGAAAAGUAAACAGAACAAUGUAGAGGAGUAUGUGGACAGUUUGGUGGACAGUGUGAUACAAGGGGGAGAAGAACCAGAAUCGGCGUCCAGCCAGGAAAUGGACAGUUUGCCUACAGCUUCAGCACGUAGAUCUCCACACCGUGACCAUUGUGAGUCAUUAAAUAAUAACCCACAGUGCAGUCUGCAUGUCUGUACUUUAUCUGAACAAGUGAAUGAGCUGACAGAGUCAAUCCAGAACCUCAAAAAUGAAGAAGAGAAACUUACCAGCUCUUUAAAUUCUCCAAGAGAGGAACAGAGAGAAGUUGCUCUGUCAAUCCAAAUGCAGACUGAUGAGAAACAGCGACUAACUCGGACAGUUUGGAGACUGAAGGAGGAGAAAGACUGCCUUACUCAAUCUUUGGCUGGUUUGAAACAAGAAAAAGAGCAGCUAUCCAAAACAGUCUAUGGGCUGAAAGAUGAGCAAGCUCAGAUUUUGAAGUCUGUGAGUGUCCUGAAAGAGGAGAAAGAACAGCUAAGUAAGUCUUUAUCUGCUCUUGAAAGAGAUAAAGAGAACCUGUUAGAAUUGCUCUCAAGCAACAAAGAACAAAGUGUCCAAGUGGUGCAGUCGGUGCAAACUUUGCAGGCAGAGAGUGUCCAGUUAUAUCAGACAGUGCACAGUUUGAAAGAGGAGAGAGAUGAACUAAAGGAAUCCCUCAAGUGUCUGAAAGGACAGCGCGACCACGACCAGUCAUCUUCCACUCCAGAAGAAGACUGCGACCAUCUGAGAAAAUCAGUUUUCAGUUUGGAAGAAGAAAAGGAGAGAAUUGAACGUUUAGUCACUUUAUUGAAACAAGAGGAAGAGCAGUUAAGAAUGUCACUUGAAGACUUACGACAGGAGAGAAACAGCCUGCAAGCUCAGAAUCAGCAUCAGUCUAAUCCAAAUGGUGCUGGUGAGACCAAAGAGACUCUAGUAAUUGGGACAGAAGAACAUGUUGACCUGAUGAAUAAGGUUGAAGCUUUGGGAGCACAAUUGGAAAAAUCACAAGAGGACUUCAACAAGACCUAUACAGAGAGCAAGAUGUUGCACAGUGAAUUGUGCCAAUCAGAAGCGAGGAGGCAGGAGGCAGAGAGGAAGGCAGCUGACAACGCAGUAAGACUGACGCAUGUAGCCAAUCAGAUGGAUGAAGCCAGGGAGGAAAAUGACAACCUCACCACCCAGGUAAACGCACUGAAGAGCAGAAUGACAGAUCUGGAAAAGGAGAAGUCCAACCUUCUGUUACUAAAGAUGCAGACAGAGGAGCAAUACGAGACGCUCUCAGCUCAGCUGAAAGCUAAGACCGUGGCUCUAGAUGAGCUUAACUCAGAGUUUAUUGCUCUGAAAAGACGGCAUGGCACCAAGGAUGAUGUGAGCACGGUUCUCAUCUCACUCCGGACACGCUACAACAACAUCAGAGCCAAGUACGAUGCACUGCUGAAAAACAGGAGCCAGGCAGAUCUGGAUACAGCUUCUUUAAAGGCCAAACUUUCAUGCCUGGUGGCAAAGUGUAAAGAGAGGAACAACAUGUUGGUUCAGAUGGUGAAAGCGAUGAACAGGCAAGGCUGCAUGGACUCGGUGCUGACACAGCAGGUUCAAGAGCUGCUCGGUGACGCUGCUUUGCAGGACUACGCUGCAACAUUUACACAGAGGAACACUGCAAGGAACCAGGAUUGCAAUAGUGGAUUUACAUCAGGAUUGACUUUAAAUUUUCAGGACUAUGCUGUUGGAUUUGUGCCUGAUCAGAGCUGCACCACUGCAUUACCUUCUGUAAAUCAGCCUUACCAAAACAGAUUCAUACCCAGUUCUGAACUAGAACAUGAAAUCAUCGUGACAGGAUCUACGGCAAAUCUUAAAAACUGCAGUAGUGAAGUUUUACCUGCUCGUUCAGAACUGCAAAAGGAAAAUGCCAACUCGCCUGUGCCAACUUCAUCUCUGCCAGUGCAAGAUGUUGUAAAGGAAUCGCCAUCACCUGUGGGUCAAACACUGACAAAGUGUUAUAGCACCAACGCAACACAGCUCUCUCCGUCUGCCCACCGACUACAGCAAUCAUAUGAUGGUCCAGAGAAACUUAGACCUGAUGGUCCAGAGAUGAAAGGGUUCCGCUCACCAUGUCCAAUCAGUUCAGCAGAGGUGAGAGGAUGGACUCUGAGUCCCACAGCUCCUAUAUCACACACACGUGUCAAUCUGAGCAGAAGGAUGAGUAGUCCAGAGAAGAUUAUCAACCUACAUGAGCAACUGCAGAAGACCCUGUUGAACAGCUGUCAGGUUCUGGGGACCCGAGGAAGAGGACAGCUGCCCAGAAAAGGUCUGCCACUGUCGACUUCCAUAGAGCCAUGUCCCACCCCUCAGAUGAAGAACCAAGACCUCAAUGUCAAGAUUACAAAUGCUAACUCUCUCCCAGGCACCACCGCUAUGAAUAAUGCUACAUUUGCACAAACUACAUCGGAUACAGAUAACAUACCCACAAAGCUUUUUGCUGCAGUAGUUUCCAGAUCUGCAAAUGUUACGUUCAACCCCAGCGUGUUCGCCAAGUCUUGUUUGAAAACAGACAUGUCUAAGACCACAAGUUUUAUUCUUCCUAGCUCUUCCAACUCUGCGACCACAGUGGCGGCUUGCAACGCCAAAUCCACAUCAAGUACAGGAACUGAUCCAUUAUCCCCCAAACUGAAAAGGAAAGCCACUGCUGUCCCCGAUAGAUCUAUUGAUGCAAUGCCACUCACUCUUAAGACUACUGAGUUUAAGAAGAACAAUGUCAAAGCUGCAGCAUCUGUCUUACUGCAUUCUGACUCUAAUCCAAAUACCUCAGACACAACUGUUCCUGCUAUAUCAUGUGUUCACAAGGCUGAUACUUUGAAAGUAACUUCUGAAAUGGACAGUGUUGCCCCUGUGUAUGAUGGCGUGGAAUUUUCCAUGUUCUGCACGGAAUCUGCUCAUCACUUUCCUGAGAUAUUGUCAAAGUGUCCCAGAAAGUCUAGUGCCAGAGCAGACAAGAACAAAAUUCCAAGAUCAAAAACAGAACCACCAGCAGAGGUUCUCUCCGUUGAGGUCAUCAAAACAGUGGGCCACAGCAGCCUGUUGAUUGGCUGGGACAGGCCGCCACUUGACGAGCUGGGCUGUAGUAACGGCACGUUUGUGUAUGGAUACAGGGUGUUUGUAGAUGGGGAAUUCCAUAAAUCUGUCAUGAGCUCUGCAUGCACAAAGUGCAUCCUGGAAAAUGUCAACUUGGGUGUCCCAGUCCACAUCAGCAUCCAAACACUAGGCUCUAAUGGACUCCACUCAAAUAGUGUCCAUACUAUUUAUAGAACUUCAGUUGAUACAGCCUGCUGAUUUAAAGUCUCUUCCAACAACACCCAACACAGUGGCUCAGGUCAAAAUUGUGCAGCCAACUAUAGCUUCAGCCCUCCAAGGGACUGCCAUAACCUCCACCUGAACAGAGAGCGAUAGAAAUGCUGCAACCCUCAUCACAUGCGAUUCAACGAGACACCGCAGCCCUCGCCAUGUGAGCUUCAGGUCAACUCAUCAGAAAAAGUCGCUUCAUGAGAACUGACGUGCAAUGAAUCACAACAAACUGACUGAAAGAGAAUAAUUAAAGACUUAAAGCAGGAAUAGAUUAACAGCUGUCUGCUUUCUGGAUGAGCUGAGACCCACCCAUUGCUCUUCACCUCUUGAGCUGAUUGGACGAUGUGACUGCCUGUUAAAGUGAGCCAGAUGAAAGGCAAGAGUGUCUGCCAAUCAAACAUCCGGACAAACUUAAAAUGUCACUUUGCCUCUUUGUCAAAGGUGCCUACAACACCAACACACAGUGCAUCUGGAAAGUAUUGACGGCGCUUCACUUAUUCCACACUUUGUUACAACCUUAUUCCAAAAUGGAAUAAAUUCAUUUUUUUCCCUUCA